AUGGGGAGAUCGGAGCCUCCAUUCCUUUACGAUCGUCCUGGCACGUACACCUUCAGUGGACCGACCGAUCCGGUCUUUAACCCAAAGGCUGUCAUGCAAGCGAGCAGGACUCCUGCAUCUCCAAGACAGCAGCCCAAAGGUCCACUGGUGAAUUUCAAUAGACACCCAGACUCAUGGGCUACCUUGGAUGAAAAGAAGCCAAAAUGGGAGCCAAUGAACCCUCGGACAAAGUCGUGGGUGAAAGGAGUCAGAUGGACACAGGUAUUCUUGCGAUCCAUCACACUGCUUGGUGCACUUGCAUCCUUAUUUUGCUCCAUUGUUGUUAAAGAUGUCGCAACAACAGUUGUCUGGAUCAUCCGCGCAGGGCCUAUUGUCGCAGUUCUACACACAGUUUACGCAAUUUACCAUUUCUGUCACUCUCCACUAACUCGCCCUCCCGCUUCCCAAGGCAGUUAUGCAGUGUUCGCCGGUGUCAUGGAUGUUGGAUUGAUCCCAUUCUAUGUGUACACGGCACUAAUGGCCCACAGUGACUAUACUGCUGAUGAAUAUCAUUGGGGAACUCUUUUUGCCAACAGUCAAAUUACUGUGGAUAUCAUCGAAGCCAUGUUCAUUUGCGCCGUUGUCAACUCGGGACUACACCUUGUCUCGUUCUGUCUUUCAAUUUUCCUUGCCGUGGUGUUCCAUAAGAUUUCUCGACUCCCACCUGACAUGAACCCACUGGAGGACAAUUUGACUUGCCGUCCCCGCCGGAGCAUCCGCUCAGAGGGGGAUAAAGAGGAGAAGCACAUGAGCUCGUCGACCAUGAAUACCUACCUCGGUGACGCUCUCAUGGGAAGUCCACGCACCAUUGCAUUUAUGCAUACUCGAACCGAGUCUCUGGGUGGUGAAACGCUUCAUGACUCUGUGGAUAUGAGCUAUGAUAAACGCCAAUCUCAGCCCCAGAUCACUGUGCAACCGGCGCAUCGUCUCUCUCAUUUGGAGGCAUCGAGUCCCUCAAGCCCCGAUACAUACUUCGACCACUCUCUUCACCAGCCAUAUGAUUUCCCUUCAUCGUCAAUGCCCGCCGCUGAAUACCGUAACGUGCCAUCACGAUCACCGAAUAUCGUGGAACCUGGUACCCACACCCGUCAACUGGCUUCACGUACCGCUGAUCGAUCUAACUCCGUGAGCCCCGUGUCUGGUAACUGGGUGCAAUACCCCGAUCGCGAGGAAUCCCCUGUCAGCGAACUUCAUGCUCAGCACCAGCAGAACGACAGCAUGAGCCUCCGCCAAUCAUCUUCAGUUUACAGUCGACGAACCGAUAAAUCUGCAACUUCGGCCGCAAAUGGAAUUCGAGACUGGUUCGCCUUCCCCCAGAGGAACGCGAAUGCUCCUAGCAUCCGAACUGCCAUCACCGAAGAUAUCCGGGGUGAAUACGCAUCGUUAACGGAGCAGGAGUACUACGGCAAUGAAGAAGACCAAAAGGAGCAGGACCUGGGAGACCAGCAGCGUUUCAAUGUUUUCCCUGAUCCAGAAGAACAUGAUCAUGACAAUGAUGGCGAGCCCUCUGGUGAUCUUCCUUUCAACCCCCCUGAUGCUGAACCCACCUACACCCCAGCCCAAUCAAGCCCUAAGCCACAAGUUUACGUUCCACUUGAGACAGACGAAGCGUCCGACUAUCCCCCAGUGGCGAAGAAUCGAUACUAUGGCGACCUGGAAGCAGAUGGACAGGGUGUACUUAGCACCACGCGCGAUCCAAGCGUUGAGAUCAAGUCCAAGCCAUCAAAGCUCGUUAAGAAACAAAGCAAGAAGAUGGCAGCCUAUCGAUCUUUGAAAAAGGAUGACAGCGAUGAUGAGGGUUAUCUCAGUACUAGUAUUGUAUCCUCCCCAAUGCCCAACGAAGGAGAUCGCAAGGGCCGUGUGGUGAGCAACUCCGGUGCAGACACCGGGAUGAUGGGUGGAGUUGGUACUUCCUUGUCCAAUUACGGUAGUUACCUCGCCGGACUGGGAGUUGGUGUUGGAAGACGCCGUGAUGUGAGUGGCAAAGUAGCUGAAGAAGGACGAGGAGGAAAGAGUGUGGAGGUUCGACCUAGCCCCAGUCCUAAUCCUACUCCGAAUCAGAGCCCCGGUGGCCCUGUUCGUGCAGCUGGAUGGGCCCGUUUUGCGGGACUGUGA